GUGAGCGUGCCUGUGGGCUGUCGCCCUCAAGCGGCACCCGCGUUGAGCGGCAACUCUCUCUGCGCCACUCUUCCCUCCAUCUACGAAACGUCGAAUCCCACUGUCAGUGCGGCCACAGCGCCGCGCGGCUCCCGGCAACACCAUGUCGCCGCCCCGCCGCCGCCACCUCCCCAGCACCCACGCCGCUGCGACUCAGCCGUGAAGAGAGCCUCUGCCGCCACAUGGGACUGGUUGCCGUAGCACUGGCACUCCUGCUGGCCCUGCGCCUGGCCCUGGCGGGCCAGGCGCCCGAUUGGACGGUAUUGCCUGGCAGCGACGUGCAAACAGAGCAGGAGGUCAUGGCGCGGCUGCGCCGCGCUUUCCACGACGCCGGCAACCCCAAGGCCCUCUGGCCCGGCUGGCAGCCGGCCGACCCCACCCACCAUUGCCAGUGGCGCAACGUGGCGUGCGACAGCAACCAGCGCGUCACGCGGCUGGACCCGUCUGACCAGAGCUGGGUGACGAUGGUGGCGGUGGCGGCGCCGCGGAGCCGCAACAUGACAGAGGCGCGCGCCGAGCUGCCGCAGCUGGCGCGCCUGCUGUGGCUGGAGGAGCUGCUCGUGGGGGUGCCCCCCUCGCUGCUGCCGCGCGGCGUCCCUGCUGCCUGGGGCCUCCCCGGCGCCUUCCCGCGCCUCAAGAGGCUGUCUGUGACGCUGCCCACGUCCCACGGCCGCCUGCCCGACAUCCGCCCCGGGGCCCUGCCGCUGCUGCAAGCCCUGGACCUGGCGAUGCCCAAGCUGCAUGCCAGCCUGCCGCCCAGCUGGGGCGCCAGCCCCGGCACGCUGCCUGCCCUGCAGAACCUGAGCCUGGUGGCGGAGGUGUGGGGGCCGCUGCCGCAGGAAUGGGCCUCCGGCUUCCGCUCCCUGCGCCAGCUGUCCAUCCGGCGCCAGGCCAGCGCGUUCCUGGCUGCGCCAGGCAGGGAGGCGGCGCCCCGCGGCGCCGGCCGUGCCCCGCCGCCGCCGCCCGCGGGGCCGGCCCGCGCUUAUGCGCUGCCAGCCAGCUGGGCGGCCGGCUUCCCGCUCCUGACCCGCCUGUCCCUGUGGAGGCUGCCGCUGGCCGGCCCUCUGCCAGACGCCUGGGCGCUCACCCGCUUCCCGGCCCUCACCGAGCUCACGCUGCAAGACUCGCCGCUGACAGGCACCCUGCCCGCCGCCAUCUUCAGCCGCCACCCGCGCCUGCGCCAGCUGUCGCUGCGCAACACGCGCAUCUCAGGCACACUGCCGCCCGAGUGGGCUCAGUCUGAGGUCACCGGGCUCAGCCUGCGCGACAACGGCCGGCUGACCGGGCCCGCCUUCCCGCCAGCCUGGCUGGCGCGUGGCGGCAUGCGCUGCCUUCGCUGGCUGCACCUCAACGGCAACCCGGGGCUGACCGCCGCGCCGCCGGCCGGCCUGCCGUGGCCAAACCUGGCGGAACUUGUGCUGGAUAGCGCAACGCCGGCAGAGCUGGACACGUGGUGCCGCGACACGCCGGCAGGCAGCCUGCUCUUGGUGGGCACUGGCACCGCCGUUCUGGAGGCAGACAGCGAGAUCCCGCCGUGCGCCAUGUAUCCCGUAGCAGACCAGGGGGCGCAGGGAGCAUCGGGUCUCGCCGCAAACGGCACCCACGCGCCGGCCGCCAGCACCGCGGCGCCGGGCAUGAGCCUGGCGGCGCUGGCGCCGCUCGCGGCGGCGGCGGCGGCGGGCGCGGCGGGCAGGGUGCUGUGGCGGUGCAGGCGGCGGCGCCUGCACUCUCAGCAGGGCCCCGACUGCGAAAUGCUGCUGCAGGCGGGCAGGGAGCAGCAGCCGGACCGGCAGGUGGAUGGCUCGGCUGGCGACAGGGCUGCGCUCACCAGGCGGGCGCGGCUGGCUGCGCUGGUCAGCGCAGAGAUAGGAGGCAGCAUCGAGGUGCUGCCCAUAGCCGGGCUGCCUGCUGCGCUGGCGCACCAGCUGGCGCCGUUGGAAGGGAGCGGGCAGGGCAGCCCGCUGGCAGCAGAAGCGCAGGGGCCGCCGCCGGCUGGGCGUGCCGGCGGCGGCGAUGCCAACCGCAGCCGGCAGUGGGGCCUGAGCACGGUCUCCCUGCAGCUGAAGCCAGGAGCAUUGGAGCUGGCACAGGACGACGCGGGGCGGCCGGUGGAGCUGGGGCAGGGCGGCUUUGGGGUCGUGUACAUGGCACGCCUGCAGGGGGUGGAGGUGGCUGUCAAGGUGUUUGAGCUGGCGCCGGGGGCAGCCUCCGCGGCGAUGUGGCGGGAGGCGGCCCUGCUGCGGCGCUGCGCACACGAGCGCAUCGUGCCGCUGUACGGCGUGGCCCUCAAGGGCUGCCUGCUGAUGCUGGCCAUGCGGCUGAUGGAGGGCGGCAGCCUGCGGGCCGCCCUGCAGGACGAGGGCAGGCGGGAGCGCCUGCGCUGGGCACAGGGCGGGUGCCAGGUGGCUGCUGACGUGGCGCAGGCGCUGGACCACCUGCACCGCCAGCUGGGCAUCAUGCACGGCGACCUAAGCAGCGGCAACGUGCUGCUGGAUGGCGGCCUGCGGGGCCACCUGGGAGACCUGGGGCUCGCCUUCUCGGUGGCCAGCGCCGCGCCCGGAGGCGGCGCCCGCGGCUUCUGCCUCACCCACGCAGCUCCAGAGCAGAUGCUGGGCCAGCCGUGCACCUCUGCCGCCGACAUGUACAGCUAUGGAGUGCUGCUGGUUGAGCUGACCACGCGGCAGGCGGUGCACCGGCGCCGCGCCUGGCGCCUGCCACACGCGCCCGAAGAGUGCCCGCAGGGCGUGCUGGCGCUGAUAGAAGCCUGCCUGUCACACGACCCGGGGGCCCGCCCCACUGCGGCAGAGGUGCUGCAGCGGCUGCGGCAGGAUGAAGGCGGAGGGGGGUGAUGGCGGACAGGCAGCCUGCAGCCUGAAUCUCUGCUUGCAGCCCGGGAGUUUCUGUUGUGCUUCCACUCAGAUUCUCAUGCCAUUCAUGGCCACUUAAGCUCACACCUGC